CCUUCUCCAUUGCUUCCUACUUCUACGAAGUCUAAGGAUUCGGACUUCAACUUCACCGGCGGCAAACGCAGAGCAGGUGAAGCAUAGCAAUUGAAAAGGAUAUGGCGAAAACGGAAAGCACGGUUGUGGAUGAGACAAGCGCUCCAUUGAUAGCUCAACAUGAAGAAAAGAAGGAGAAGAAUUUCAUGGUUUACAUAAGCACAUUUGUUGCAGUUUGUGGUUCUUUUGCAUUUGGAUCAUGUGCAGGUUAUUCGUCUCCUACUCAGUCUGCCAUCAGGGAAGACUUAAAUCUGUCACUGGCAGAGUAUUCCUUGUUUGGCUCGAUACUAACAUUUGGCGCGAUGAUUGGUGCAAUUGCAAGUGGACCCAUGGCCGAUUUCUUCGGUCGCAAAGGGGCAUUGAGGAUAUCAACCGCUUUCUGCACGGCCGGUUGGCUAGCAAUAUACUUUGCUCAGGGGCCUCUACCUCUGGAUAUUGGAAGACUAGCAACAGGAUUUGGAAUGGGAGUCUUUUCCUAUGUGGUACCUGUCUUCAUAGCUGAAAUAGCACCCAAAAAUUUAAGAGGAGCACUAACAGCAGCAAAUCAGCUCAUGAUCUGCGCAGGAGUGUCCGUUGCAUUUAUAAUAGGAACAAUGUUAGCAUGGAGGACCUUGGCAUUGACAGGAUUGAUUCCUUGUGCUGUUCUACUAGUGGGGCUGUUCUUUAUACCAGAAUCUCCUAGAUGGCUGGCUAAGAUAGGAAAACAAAAAGAGUUUGAAGCUGCCCUAAGAAAACUUCGAGGGAAGGAUGUUGACGUAUCUGAGGAGGCCGAUGAAAUCCAGGAUUAUAUAGAAACACUGCAAAGGCUCCCGAAGGCGAAACUAUUUGAUUUGUUUCAGAGAAGAUAUUUGAGAUCUGUCACUAUUGGAGUUGGACUGAUGGUUUGUCAACAAUUCGGAGGAAUCAAUGGAAUCUGUUUUUACACGAGCAGUAUUUUCGAGUCUGCAGGAUUUCCUGCUGAUAUUGGAACAAUAAUCUAUGCAAUUAUUCAGGUUGUGGUUACUGCCUUAAAUGCACUCUUUGUAGAUAAAGCUGGUAGAAAGCCACUGUUACUGGUUUCAGGCACUGGAUUGGUUAUGGGUUGUUUACUAGCAGCUCUUUCAUUCUACAUGAAGACUUAUGAAAUAGGACUAGAGGCAGCACCUGCGCUAGCUGUAACAGGAAUACUGUUGUACAUAGCAUCAUUCUCAGCAGGAAUGGGAGCAGUUCCAUGGAUUAUAAUGUCUGAGAUAUUCCCUAUUAACAUCAAGGGUGCCGCUGGGAGCCUUGCAACGCUAGUAAACUGGUUUGGUGCAUGGGGUGUAUCGUUCACGUUCAAUUUUCUAUUGAGCUGGAGUUCUUACGGCACCUUCCUCGUAUAUGCAGCGAUAAACCUUGCUGGUAUUGUAUUCGUGAUCACGAUGGUACCUGAAACGAAAGGAAGAACCUUGGAGCAAAUUCAAGCCGCCAUUAAUAAUUAGUGACGACAAAAUAGAAUCAUGUGUCAAAUAAAUUUAUGGUGUCAUAACACGGACCUAGCAUGGUAAAACAAUUGUUGAAGCCACUCGUCAUGAUGGAAAAUGUUCGAAAUUGUCAGUCUUGUACUAUAAUCCAAAAUCCAAAGUAACAUAUAGCAAGAAAUAGAGCAUUGUCCAAACCCCAUCUUCAUGUAUUCCAAUUUCACCUUGUUUUUGUUCAUUGUAUUAUUCCACUUGUUUUAUUAUUGUAUUUCUAUUCCUUACAUCAUUCAACUCGGAAGUUGUAAGUGUUGUUUAUCUGGUUAGACUUGUUUAACUGUUUGAAAUUAUAUUUUUAUA